AUGGAUGAAGUUGGAGGAGAUUCGCCUUGGGGUGAUGUCCCUUCACAGUCCCCACCAGCGCAAUCAACUGAGAACCCUUUCGCGGGAGAAGGAGAUACGUCAACCAAAUCGAAAGCGCCGCAGCCUCUCGAAUCAUCCUCGACAAGCACACUCAAAUCCCCAGCAGGCCGCGGUAGACAGCCACGUACGCCCCGGCGAGCUGUUGCUCAACAGGUUCAUCUGGAAGCUCUAGAUGACUCUCUGGGUCCAUUGGGGCCACUUGGAGACAAUGCGCAAACACCACAAUCAGACCAACCUCCAGCGCCGCCUCAAAAAGAGCAAACGCUCACCCAUAACACCCGACAGACCCUACCACAAAAUGCAAUUGGGAGGGGAAUGCUGGAAUCGGUAGGACCAGAUGAUGAUCUUGAGACCGCUUCAACGGGACCAAGAAUUCCUCCCCCAGUCCAGCCAUCUCCUGGUGGGCCCAUACGAAGGGAUACACAGCCAAGUGUGAGUGUAGAACAAGCCGCCAAACCAACCUUUGAGAUUACGGUCGGCGAUCCACAUAAGGUUGGAGAUUUGACAAGCUCACAUAUUGUUUAUUUGGUCAGGACAAAGACGUCGUCCAAAGCAUACCGGCACCCCGAGUUCGAAGUUACCCGCAGAUAUCGAGACUUCCUUUGGUUAUACAAUGGCCUACAUGCGGGGAAUCCAGGAAUUGUGGUACCUCCACCCCCAGAGAAGCAGGCGGUCGGACGAUUCGAUACAAACUUUGUAGAGACGAGAAGAGCCGCACUCGAGCGCAUGUUGAACAAGAUUGCCGCACACCCAACCCUUCAGCAUGACGGAGAUCUGAAACUGUUCCUUGAGAGUGAAGCUUUUAAUGUUGAUGUUAAGCACAAGGAACGAAAAGAGCCGGGGCUGGGUGAAAGCAAGGGUAUGUUUAGUGGUCUUGGAAUAUCAGUUGGUGGGGGAGGUAAAUUUGUCGAACAAGAUGAUUGGUUUCACGAUCGCCGAAUAUAUCUUGAUGCUCUGGAAAACCAACUGAAGUCGCUAUUAAAAGCCAUGGAUACUGUCGUUAUUCAACGAAAAGGUCUUGCGGAGGCGGCAGGAGAUUUUUCAAAUUCCUUACAUGCUUUAUCUACAGUAGAACUAUCAACGUCUCUUUCUGCGCCACUAGAGGCUCUUUCGGACCUUCAAAUCCGUAUUAAAGAGCUAUAUGAUCGUCAAGCACAACAAGAUGUGCUCACGCUUGGCAUCACUAUUGAUGAGUAUAUUCGCCUAAUCGGAAGUAUCAAAUUGGCCUUCACAUCGCGCCAGAAAGCAUACCACUCGUGGCAUUCAGCAGAAUCGGAGAUGCAGAAACGAAAAACCACCCAGGAGAAACUUCUUCGUCAAGGGAAAACACAGCAAGACCGUUUGGUGCAAAUGAAUGCGGAUGUGACUGACGCCGAGCGUAAAGUCCAUCAAGCAAGGCUCUUGUUUGAAGAUAUGGGUCGUUUGAUGAGAUCAGAACUUGAGCGCUUUGAGCGCGAAAAGGUUGAAGACUUUAAGAGUGCAGUAGAAACAUUCCUGGAGAGCGCAGUCGAGGCUCAGAAGGAGUUAAUCGAGCUUUGGGAGACUUUCCUUAUGCAACUGGACGCCGAGGAGGAUGAUAGCGCAUUUUACAAGCCUCCUGUGGAGGCAGCCGCUCGUGCAUCGGCAGGAAGUUCGAUUUCGGGUCCCACAGCAGUAGAUUCGACGGCUGCAGCAGUGGUCACUGCUGAAGAUUCGGAUUAA